GGUGUGAAUGAGCUGAGACUCACGGCUGGUUGGAGAGCUGGUGACAAACACUCCGGAUUUGCCCCCCUCCAAACGCCGAGCAAUAACCUGACGGACACUCACUGAAACAGCUUUUAAAAAAAAAUCCUCAGCAGUGCUGAUCCUCGAAAGUACCAAAGAAGAGGAGCCUCCGUGAUUUUAAGGAGAGACCGGGAAGGGACCAAACAAUGGACACAGGGAGCGCGUUCCAUCGCUGUAUGUUCACGAAACGGGACUGACGUUUCGCUGCGCGGACCGGGCCGCGGCGGAGCCUCAAAGCGAAGGGAAGAGAAGGGACAGCAGAAGUCAAGAGAGAGACGACGCUCAACAAAGCAGUGCAGAGCGGGACGCGUGUGUGCAGGGAAGCGGUGCCCUACAUCUGUAACAUCUGAGUAACUCUGUCACUCAGGCUCCUUUCACGCCGUGUCGGGCAGCACUUUUCUCAAACCCCCGCACCUGGAAAAACAAAGAUAAUGUGUUCAGUGGCAGCAACAUCUCCAUGCGUAAAUGGAGACGCAUCGGUGCGUAUUCGCUGUACUUUUUCAUUAUGCGUGCAAUAAAUGAUGUUUGCUUUUUGUGCCACGAACUCGUGCCUGUCCCAUGACCACGCUGCUAUAGAUGCAUUAUAGACUUCCUCAUACUUCAUAUCUGCCAUGAGUGAUGGCGAUGCCUGCGGAAUCUGACAGCGCCGGUGCGCAAAGCAGCACUCGUGAAAAAAGCUUCGGCGCACCGGAUCGCAACGGUUAUGUGAAAACAUGUGUCGUCCCACUGUGCCGUGACCGAGAUUACGAGUCGUGGGUGAGGCUAAUGUUGACGAAAAUAUGGAGUUCCCAGAGACUCCGGAGUGCGGUGUGUGCGGGGUCGCUCUCGGUUUUUCUCGCUCUGUUGGUCAAAUGUGCAGACUGGAGAGCUGGAGCCAGCAGCAGCAGCAGCAGCAGCAGCAGCGCUGACAACAGACUCUCGCAUUCACCGUCCCCACUUCACUUCGUCUCAGGCUGCGCGGCGGAGCUGUUGCAAACUUGCUGGAGUGUGCUCUCGCCAUUGUUCACCCUCGUAUGUGCCUUCUUCUGGGUCGGGGUCUACCUGAUCCGCUGCGGGGUCCUCAUCCAGACCGCCCUCUCCCUCCUGACCUUGUGCCACCUGGGCGAAGCGGCGGCGUGGUCUCUCCUGGACGGGACAGAUGAGCAGCUGUUCUCGUUCACGACAGCGGCCGCGGUCGUGCUCGUCUGCGUGGCCACCGGCGCACUCAUGGUAGCGCGGCUGAAUCAGGGCAUAUCCGUGGUACUUUUCAUCAGCAUAGUCAGGACUAUCUCACUUUUCUCGCUGCACAAGGUACGGGCCACUUGGAGACCGUACGUAGCGUACCUGGUCGGAGUGCUGGGCAUCCUGCUGGCGAGGUAUGCUGACAAGCUCCUUCCCAACCAAGGGAGACACAAGGAGGGCUGCACCCCCGUGACUGGAGCCAGGGAAGAGAUCCCUGUAUUUAAAAGGCGCAGGAGGUCCAGUUCUGUGAUAGCCUCAGACAUGGCACACAGUCAGUCCAACAGUAAGUCACAUCGCCGGACCUCUCUGCCAUGCAUCCAGAGGGACCAGAUGCUCCCCCGCUCAGACUGGGACCACAAGAGAGGCUCCCGAGGAUCACAGUCGUCAGGCACCACCGUCAUGGUGGACAUAGCGGUGAUGGGGGAGGCCCACGGGCUGAUCACAGACCUGCUGGCCGACCCGUCUCUGCCCCCCAACACCUGCACCUCCCUGCGGGCUGUCAGCAACCUGCUCACCACCCAGCUCACCUUCCAGCCGCUACACCGGCCACGCCCUGCUCCCCUGCUUAACCCCAGCGAUUCCUACACCCUCUCCGACUCAGAGGAGGGACCCGAGAAAGGAGAGAAGACGUCCAUCCACAAGCGUCUGAGGCGGAGUCUCCACCCUGGUCUUCUGAGGAGGAUCUCUUCCACGUGGACCACCACCACCUCCGCCACAGGCCUGCCCACCAUCGAGCCCGGGCCCGUCCGAAGGGACCGCAGCGCCAGCAUCAAACCGUACCAUGAAACACUCACCUGCAGCUGUGGGAGACCAUACAUCAAACUGAGCCACGGAGAGGGCUCAAUCGACAAGGGAGACAGGAUACCACGGUCAGCAGAGGACCAAGUGGUUGUGUCAUCAGACUAUGACAGCACCCACGAAGCCAACCACAGUGACAGCAGUGAUGUAGCACAUACAGAGGAGGACACGGAGGAAGGGAAAAACCCCGCCCAGAAUGUCAUCCUCCAUCCACUAAUACCUCCUGAGGACAAACCAAUUUUGGCUCCAGAGCCAUUAAUAAUGGAGGACUUGGAGCCUUUGAUGAGUCAGCUCAACAAUUGGAACUUCCCCAUCUUCCGUAUGAUGGAGAUGACCAAUGGGAAAUGUGGACGGAUCCUCAGUCAGGUCUCCUACAGGCUCUUUGAAGACACCGGCCUGUUCGAGACCUUCAAGAUCCCCGUCAAAGAAUUCAUGAACUACUUCCACGCCCUUGAGAAUGGUUACAGAGAUAUACCAUAUCACAACAGGGUCCACGCCACAGAUGUGCUACAUGCAGUCUGGUACCUCACCACGCAGGCUGUGCCCGGCCUGCCCAGCCUCAUCACUGACCACGGCUCAGCCAGUGACUCAGACUCCGACAGUGGAAUAACACACAGUCAUAUGGGCUUCCUGGUUUCAAAGACCUACACUGUGUCAGAAGAUGGAUACGGCUGCUUGUCAGGCCUCAUACCUGCUCUGGAGCUCAUGGCCCUCUAUGUGGCUGCCGCGAUGCACGACUACGACCAUCCCGGGCGGACCAACGCUUUCCUCGUGGCCACCAGCGCCCCACAGGCAGUGCUCUACAACGACCGAUCCGUUCUGGAAAACCACCACGCUGCCUCAGCCUGGAACCUCUUCAUGUCGCAUCCAGAUUACAACUUCCUCGCCAACCUGGACCAUGUGGAGUUCAAGCGCUUCCGUUUCCUGGUUAUUGAGGCCAUACUGGCCACUGAUCUGAAGAAGCACUUUGACUUCCUGGCCGAGUUCAAUGCCAAGGUGGGUGAUGAUCCGUCUACAGGUAUCGACUGGUCUAAUGAGAACGACAGGUUGCUGGUGUGCCAGAUGUGCAUUAAACUGGCUGACAUCAACGGGCCUCUGAAGUGUAAGGACCUGCAUCUGCAGUGGACAGAGGGCAUCGUCAAUGAGUUCUAUGAGCAGGGUGACGAGGAGUCCAGCCUGGGCCUUCCCAUCAGCCCCUUCAUGGACCGAGCGGCGCCACAGUUGGCCAAACUCCAGGAAUCGUUCAUUACACACAUCGUGGGACCGCUGUGCAACUCCUACGACUCAGCCGGUCUCAUACCUGGACGAUGGGUGGAGCCCAACCCAGAGGCAGACGAGCCGGAGAUCACGGAGAACGAGGAAGAGGAGGAUGAGGAGGACACUGCAGAGGAAGACACGUCCACCAGCUCAGAAGCAUCACAGAAAGCAGCUCCCAAGAGGAGGAGGAAAGCCUUUUGCCAGAUCACCCAGCACCUGAUGGAGAACCACGAGAUGUGGAAGAAGGUGAUCACAGAAGAGGCACAGAAACAGGGCCAAGGAGCCGAGUCUGUCCAUUUAAACAAUGUAGCUGAGCCAAUCCUGGCUAUUCACGAGGAGGAAGAGGAACCGGGCAGCAGAGAGGAGCUAGUAGAAGGAGAGGAUCCGGAGGAGGGAGUGGAGGAACCCGAGUGGCCCGUGUCUCCGCAGGAAGACUCUAAACCUCCGGAGGAACUAACGGAAGGGGACCCACAGUGAAAACAGCCCAUGGGAUAUAUGGAGUCAGUCAGGGCAAGGACAUGAAGAUGAUUUUUUUUCCUCUUAUCAGCUGACUCCUGUUUUUUGCCAGCACAUCACUUAGACACAACACUGUAGAUGUUUGGGAAAUGUGUGCCUAUACAGAAAAGAAAACAGAAACAGGGUGGGAAAAUUUGUGCUUUACACAUUUUAUUUGAAUAUCUGGUUUCACCAAACAUUUAACGGAGCUUUCCAUAUUGCAAUACAGGAUCAUUUGUGUACUUUGGGAUACAGACUCUUUUGCUACUGUCAAGAGAAGAGGAAGACUGGUUGCACAGACCUCAACCCAAUGCGGUAACACGGGACUGCAGAAAUUUGCUGCCAAUUUAUACAUAAUUAUUUUCUGAAUGCAAUUAUAUAUAGACAUCACAGUAACUUGUACUUGUGUUUCAAUUUUAGCACGAGUUUUUGAGGUCUCACACG